UCAAGGCGACAGCAGUGUGGGGCUGCAGUCAUCCCCUCCCACAACCAACACAUUCUGACUCCCACACGCCUGCACACACAAACCACCCACACUCCAUCCACAUGGGCAUACGCACGCGGACAUUCUCUCUCUCUCUCUCUCUCUCUGACCUUCAUGCAGUGGAUAGCGGCCCCUCCCAUACUCCCCCGCACCGUCCACAGCACACGUGCCUCCCGGAACGACGCACACACCACCUUCCCAUCAGCCGUCCCGAAACACGCCACAUCGGUGUCGCUAUGCGGCAGUGUGCAGCCGCACAUGACCUGCCCGCUCACAGGGAGGGCGGUGCUGCAGCUGGAGGGGUCUGCCUGUGUGUCGGGCUGGCGCAAGUCAUGCAGGAGCACCUUGCUGUCCGCAGCACCUGGUGAAUACGAAAUGCAGCCAUAUGGUGAGGGAGACACCAAAAGGAGAGAGAGAGAGAGACAUGUACCUGUCCAUAGAGUGUGGGGGUGCGGCCCCUGCAUGAGGGCAUUGAUAGCGGCGUCGUGCCGUCGGUACCGCCGCACAGCUGACGCUCCGCUACCUACCCGGCCGUCAAUGUAACACACCAUCCUGAAUGAACAAACAAACAAACGAGGGAACAUCCUCCACACCGCACCAGCAGACAUCAGUGGGUGUCUCUCUGUGUGUCUCUUGUCUGUGCACACAUAGGUACCUACCCGUCCUGCAUGCCCGCCGUGGCCACCAGGGGGCCGGGCGUGUCCGGAGAGCCAAAGAAACACAGCUUGCUCACACACCCCUGCUCAAAGAACAUCACACUCACCCACGCACAGACACACAUGGACAAUACUGAGUGAGUGAGACACAUGACAGAAUCCAUAUCUCCAUAUGUCACGUGCCUGGUGUGGCUUGAUGGAGCGGAGCGGCUUUGACGGAUCGUUGAUGUCCCAGAAGACCAGGGUGCCGUCCUUCCCCCCACUCACCACCGCCCGCUGCUGCCAGGUGAAGGCGUUGACAGGGUGCUUGUGUGCCCCCCGCAUCUCCGCCAGCUGCUUGCCGGGACCCCUGACGUCCCACACCAGCAGGCCACCAUCGUACGAUGACGAAACCAUCACAUUACCUGGAACAAGGCACACAAGAGGUAUAAGGGAGAGAGAGAGGUGCCGGUGGUGUGGAGUUGAUGCACCCACUGUUGUCGACUUCGAUUUGUGUGAUGAGGGCCGAGUGGCCGGUGAGGUCGUUGCACCGCACGCCCGUCUUGUCCCACAGGCAGAUGCGGCUGUCGUGCCCGCCAGACACCACACGGCCAUCCCUGCAGCACAAAGCAGACAGCCCCAAGUGAAGACACACACCAAAGACAAACGCUGGAACGUGGUGGGGCCAGUGUCUUGAGGGUGUCAUGUACGUGUUGAUACAUCUUACGCGGUGAAUUGGCAGGCGGUGACCCAUUCGGUGUGCCCAUAUCGCUUGGCGAACAGCUCACGCAUGAACUCACGACUGCGAAGAUUGAACAACCGCAGGCCUGCACGGUAGCACAAAGAAAGGACAAAACCGUAUAUGUGACUUGUGUGUGUUUGUGGGGCUGGCUUCGUGCUCACUCACCAUGGUCGGCUGAUCCGGUCACCAGCAACUCAUUGUGUACAGCGCAACACAAGAUCUGACAAACAAAAAACGGCACACGAUGGCAAUCGUGGAUGUGACACAUGAAUGGUAUGGUUCUUCUCAUAAUACCGGUCUUCCGUGUCCCUCAGGCAGCGUUUCGCCCUGCUGGGGAGCCUUGCGCCACAUCGAUGUCCGGG